CAUGACUCUGGAUGUAACCUGAGUCCGAGCGAGGGUUUUCAGGGGAACAGUUCAGGAACAAGAUGGCUGUCCUGGGACAAAAAAUCCAACUUUCCUCUCCAUCUCAAACUCCUCUUUUCUGACGCGAUCGCUGACUUCAAGUUAUCAGUUUAACUUCGAACAACUUUAAUCGCUUUAAAGGCAUCGGUAGCAUUAAUGGACGUCGCUGCUCGAGACGCUCGCUUGGUGUUUUCUCCAGGAAUGUUUUUCUAAGGGACAGGCGAGGGUGGAAACUAAGUAACUCUGGAUAAAAAGGACAGGGUAUUGUGUAUUGUAUAUGUCUCUGUUGUGACUGCUACACACGGUGACAUGUUGUGUUGUUUGCAGGUUGUUUAGUUAGUGGAACAACUGUUGUUUUGGGUUUUUAAUCCGCUUUAACAUCUGAGGAUCCCCGGAACCAAAGAAUAAUUGAGAAGUCGAUGUAAACAGUUAACAUCGGUUUUUGGGGAAGUUUUAAAAAUUUCCAGAUGCCUCGUACCACAUAAAAAAAAAAGAGUAAACUGGACCAUGAGCUCAUCCCGAGUCAGACCCCAGCAGCCACCGCAGAGCCAGACUGGCAGGCUGCCGCACAGACUCGACUCCGGCGAGGGGAUAGAGAUGGAGAACAUCCAGCAUCCAGACCCGGAGCCCGGAGGAGCCAUGGUCACCCCGUCGCCUCCGUCUAGACAGGCCUGGAGCCGGGACAACCCGGGGUUUGAGCCCGAGGACGAGAUCAUGGAAGCCGACUGGCCUCAAGCGAGCCCCGGGAGGAGGUCGGUGUCCACGGCCUCCAGCAGCAGCUGCAGCAGCGGCCUGGGCAGCUACACCGGCGGCGGCAGCAGCCCGCACAUCCCCCGGGGAGGACUGUACCCGACCCCGACCGUGGAUGCCCAGCAGCAGGAUAGGCAUUUGCACCGCAGCUGUCUGAAGCAGAUACUCCACAAGAUCAGAAUUCUGUGGGGCACAGAGCUGAUGGAGGACAAUGACAGCAGUCGCGAGAGAUACCUCAGGAACGUACUGAGGGAGAUGCUCACGUAUAUUGCAUUCCUCAUCACUAUUUGUAUAUUGACCUAUGGGAUGGUGAGUGCCAACAUGUACUACUACACCAAAGUCAUGUCUCAGCUUUUCCUGGACACACCGCUGUCUGCCGGAGACUCUUUCACUUUCAGGCACAUCUCAACAAUGGAUGAUUUCUGGAAGUUCACAGAGGGGCCAUUCCUCAACAGCAUGUACUGGGAAGUGUGGUACAACAACAAGAGUCUGCCGGACAAUCACAGUCUCAUCUACUAUGAGAAUCUCCUCCUGGGGGUGCCGCGCCUCCGACAGGUCAAAGUCCGCAACGAGUCCUGCUCCAUCCACCAGGACCUGAGAGACGAGGUUCAGGACUGCUACAACAUGUACACGCCAACCAAUGAGGACACCAGCUCCUUUGGCCCCAGGAAUAGAACUGCGUGGGUCUAUACAGCAGAGAGUGAGAUGAAUGACAGCAGCUACUGGGGUCAGGUUUCUAAAUACGGAGGUGGAGGAUACUACCAAGAUCUGUCUCGUACGAAAGCGGAGUCUGUUAUCCAGCUGCAAUUUCUCAAAGACCACCUGUGGUUGGACAGGGGCACCAGAGCCGUCUUCCUCGACUUCUCCGUCUACAAUGGAAACAUCAACCUCUUCUGUAUCGCUAGAUUGCUGGCGGAGUUCCCGGCCACCGGGGGGGUGGUGACCUCCUGGCAGUUCCAAACAGUGCGUCUGAUGCGUUACGUGUCCAGCUGGGACUACUUUGUGGCCGUGUGCGAGGUGGCGUUCUGCAUCUUCGUCCUGUACUACGUGGUGGAGGAGGUGCUCGAGAUCCGCAUCCACCGGCUGCAUUACUUCAAGAGCCUGUGGAACUGUCUGGAUGUUCUCAUCUUGGUGUUGAGUGUCGUUGCCAUCAUCAUGAACGUAACCAGAACAGCCAUGGUGGGCAGUUGUCUCAAAGGCCUGUUGGAGAAGGACAGUUCUCACCCCAGUUUCCAGCCCUUGGCCAACCUGCAGGUCCAGUUCAACAACGUGGCUGCAGUCAUCGUCUUCUUCUCCUGGAUCAAGAUUUUUAAGUUCAUCAACUUCAACAAGACCAUGAGCCAGCUGUCCAGCACCAUGUCGCGCUGUGCCAAGGACCUUGUGGGCUUCGCCAUCAUGUUCUUCAUCAUCUUCCUGGCCUAUGCUCAGCUGGCCUACUUGGUGUUCGGAACCCAAGUCAACGAUUUCAGCACGUUCCAAGCCAGCAUUUUUACCCAGUUCCGUAUCAUCUUGGGAGACUUUGAGUUCUCCGAGAUCGAGGAGGCGAAUCCAGUGCUUGGACCGAUCUACUUCACCACCUUCAUCUUCUUUAUCUUCUUCAUUCUCAUGAACAUGUUCCUGGCCAUCAUCAAUGACUCCUACUCUGAGGUGAAGGCUGACAUGUCCCAGCAGAGGACGGAGAUGGAGAUGACGGACCUCAUCAAGAAGGGCUGUAACAAAGCUUUGAUGAAGUUAAGACUGAAGAAGACGGCGGUGGAUGACAUCUCUGACAGCCUGCGUCAGGCAGGGGGCAAACUGAACAUUGAUGAACUCCGUCAGGAUCUUAAAGGAAAGGGCCACACGGAAGCAGAGAUUCAAGCCAUAUUUGCCAAGUACGAUCACGACGGUGACCAGGAGCUGACGGAGCACGAGCACCAGCAGAUGAGAGACGACCUGGAGAAAGAGAGAGAGGACCUGGAUCUGGAACGCAAUUCGCUGACCAGACCAUGCAGUGGGCGGAGCUUCCCUCGCACCCAGGAAGACUCGGAGGAGGACGACGACGAGGACAGCGGCCACAGCUCCCGUCGCCGUGGCAGCAGCUCGGGUGGCGUCUCCUAUGAGGAGUUUCAAGUGCUGGUGAGACGCGUGGACCGGAUGGAGCACUCGAUCGGCAGCAUCGUGUCCAAGAUAGACGCUGUGAUCGUGAAGCUGGAAACCAUGGAGAGAGCUAAACUGAAAAGGAGGGACGUGCUGGGCCGGCUGCUGGACGGAGUCAUGGAGGACGAGCGUCUGGGACGCGACACAGACGCCCACAGGGAGCAGAUGGAGAGGCUGGUGAGGGAGGAGCUGGAGCGCUGGGAGUCUGACGAUAUGGUCUCACAGGUCAGCCACCAGCAGCCCGCCACUGGUGCCGGCCCCCGCCCUCGUCCGUCCUCUGCUCUGUCCACCGACGGCCUCGACGCGAGCACAAACGGGAGCGGCCAUGUAUGAAGCCUCGGCCUUGCUAAAGAUUAUUCGAGAUUAUUUAACUUUGGCAAGAAACUCUCGAUUGGAAAUUUUCCCUCAGUGGUACAAGUAGCGUGAGAUGUGAGGCAGUUCUUGCAGGACAAAAGAAUUAUUGAGGCUUAAAAAAUUUCUUAAGAAAUUACAAAGGUGGUGACCUGACCUCAGAUACUUCAAUGCACUGAAAGUGAGUGAGGUUGUCCUGAGAGACAGAGGCAUCUAAAAUAUCCUGAAUCUGCCCUCAGCUGUUUUUUUCAAAGUAUUGUUUUGACAGGACGACAAAGGAAACUGCGAAAGAAUGCAUGAAAGAGGCUGAAGCACAAAGAAGGAUUUACAGAACAGUAUUAAAUCACAGUAUUACACACAGCAUUGGAUGCAAUACACCAGCUGUAAACAUACUCAGAAUACACAGCGUAUGAUUUUAAUAUCACCUGCUUCUAAUCACUGUAUCAACACGUUUAAGCAUUUUGUUCCUGUUGCUGAUUAUUUCUCCAUCAUUUUAACAUACAAUAGGUACGAGUGUGGCACACUGUGUCAUAUUUACUCAUCUCCUGUACGUCAGUUAAGCUUCUAAUUAAAUAGCUUAUCAUUUUAUGAUACAUAUUGUAACUUGAAACAAACUUCGAUUUGGAGUGCAUCUAGUGUUCAUGGGAAACCCAUGCAUUUAUAUAUAUAUUUUUUUUUCUUGUGCCUUACUUUUUUACUAUGUAUAUCGUUUUUUUAAUCUGUUAUGCCAAAUAAAGUGUUAUUAAAAUUCAAAA